UGUCACUGUGGUGUAGGUUUUGAUGGCACAAUCACCUAGCAGAUACAAAUUUGCUGUAACUCCUUUCCAGUAGCUGGAAGGCACUCAUCUUAGUUCUCCAUCUACCCUUCUUUCAGCACCCGGACACCUUUUGUUGUGACCCAUGGCCACUGUGAUAUGCCGUCGAAUGCGGGGAGGAAUAUACCAAGCAUCUACCUUUUCAUCUACAGUGAGGUGGUCCAAGAAGAGAACUCCCAACGAAAACGGGACGUCUUAUACCUUCCACCCUGCGAAGGAUGCGUCUCCGUCAGAGGAGACGAGAAAUAAGACGAAUAGGAUUGAGUCCCAGGUUCUUUACAAUCCAUCUGCUUACGUUGGUUUUACACGGCUGAAGGCAAAAAGAACUGAAGAGUACGAGGCCUGUCCGUCGGAAAAUGGUUACGCUGCGAGUAACGCCAAACAAACUCAAAACACGUACAGCAUAACGUGUUCCCGGAGCUUGUCCAGCACUAAAAACAACAUUCUGGACUUGGCAUUCAGCGGGCCAGAUCUGGCUCAGCCUAAAACCGAAGAAAAGUCAAAAGAAGUCCAGGAGAGCAAAGACCCGGCUGAUUUCCUUAGUGUAAUUGAAGCUUACAGCUCCAAGGAUGACCCCAGGGCUUUUCAGCAGCAAAGACCCGAGUAUAGGUCGCUUUGCUAUAACAACAUUCUUCAGAACGUGGCCACUUCUGUAGAAGAAGGACAGAGUCUUCUACAAAAAGUCACCGUUCUAAAGAGUAAUCUGACCCCGGCGCAAAUCUCAUCCUUCCUGGAAAAGCUGAGUCGCUUACCUGUCGAGGAAAUAGAGGACAUUAGGUCCAGCACGAAGUUCUCGAUGCUGUGCCGCUACAGCGUUGAAAAUAUUCAGAUGUUUUCUACCGCAGAGCUCAUAGACGUUCUCAGAUCGUUCACCCGCUUAGGGAUCCCCCCGGCUCAUUCGAUGCUGAAUGUGUAUCAGGCGGAGUUCUCUCGCCGCGUGUGGAACAUGACCACUGACGAGUCCCUGCUGGUUGCCGACAUGUGGCGGUUCCUGGGCCGGAGCGUCCCCCAGUUCCUGGAGAUUUUGUACAGCUGUAUGGAGCUGCGUUGGAAAGACUUAACUUUGCCCCAGCUAAUACAGUUGAUCUAUAUUAUCGGUGAAGGCAGGCGGGCACCUCAGGAAUUAAUGCAAAAACUUGAAUCGAUGGUAUUGCGGUACAUGGAUUCAAUCAAUAUGGAAGAAAUUGGCACGGUUUGCUUGGGUUACUUCAAGUCGCGUAGUGGUUUAUCGGAAUACCUCAUGAGGCGAUUUGGGGAUAGAGUGUCUCAAAACAUGGAGGAAGUAAGCAACUAUGCUUUAGUCAACGUACUCAAAAUGUUCCGCUACACCCACGUUGAUCACCUGCCAUUUUUAAAACAACUUGGGCAGGUGGUACCGAAGCGUAUACCCCACAUGGGUGUACAGGGGAUCAUGCACGUAGCCCUGUCCUGCACAGCGCUGCAUUACCUUGAUGAAAAUAUCAUGAACGCCAUUGCUGCUGCGGUUCCCGACAGAAUCGCCUACUGCAGGAGCAAAGACCUCGCCAAGUUCUUAUGGUCCUUUGGAGCUCUCAAUUACGAGCCGCCAAACGCGAAACGUUUCUACGUGGUGUUGACUGACGAAAUUCGCAAGAGGCGGCAGGAGUUUGAGAAGUUUCCGGAGCAUUUUCUCACGAGCUUGAUGGGGCUUGUGUUCGCCAGACAGUUUCCGAUAGACCUCCUUAAAAUCGCCUUGAGCGAGAGGUUUGUUGAGCAAGCUACGAAGAACGAGUUGUUCGAGUUGAAGAAGGAUCUUUUUACCAUCGCUGGCAGCGUAGACAUCGAGUGCCCGAAUUACAAAGGCAGUCGCCUAUCACCCGGACUUCGACAAGAAGUCACCGAAAUGCUUAGGAGUUUUGCCAGUCAGGAUAUCUGCCUGAAGCCUGAGGUUGUUGAGGCUGCGGGGUUACUGGAAUCCAUGUUGGGCGGCACACAGUACGUUAAGAAUCAUAUGAUCUUACAUCACACUAGAUCAAGCGAUUUGGAGGUUCAUUUGGACCACCGAGGGAAGCCUUUGCCUAUAAAUCAGGAACCUGCGGCGCCCGAAGUGGAUCAGCCUGAACUGAAGCCACUUCACGUUCACCUCACUGAUGACCUCCUCCACCAGAUUUUGGAUAGAAAGAAGUAUACUGUAACCACUGAAACCGUGGCAACCAAACCAAAGCAACAUGAUGUGCUCCUCAACGAAACUGCCUUCUCUGUGAAGGACAACUUAAGCUUUGCUCAGGGCGUUCCUAUUACAGAAGAUCUCUUGACCGUGUUGACUAAACCACAGGCUUUACAUGAGAAGCCAUUGAGUCCACCAAAGCUCGACGUUACAAAGCUGGCCAUCCAAGUCUCCCAUCGGAAUCAUUACUGUUACGGAUCUAGACACCUUCUGGGGCUUCAUAACCUAAAGAGAAGGCAGUUACGCCGCCUGGGAUACGUAGUGAUCGAGCUGCCCUAUUGGGAAUGGCUUCCUUUAACGAAACGUACGCGGUCCGAAAAACUUGCCUAUUUACAUCAGAAAGUGUACGGGUCUUUAAGCGAUCGCGUAUGACCAAAAACUGCCAGAUUUCCGCCCCAAUAUUUUAGAAUUCUACAUUGUGAGGGCAUUACUCAAAGAGAACCAGCAGCCGCCCCCAGUGCCAUGUAACUGAAGGUAUUGUCAGGAUAUCGUUCUUUGACGUUGAAAGGCUUGGUUGGACGUAAU